AUGAGCUUCUUCCCCAAGGUCACUGAGACUUUCCGCUUCGCGCAGAUCUUCGUCACGAGGAGCUUGCUGAAUAACAAGCAGGUAGCCCUGCAAGCGAACUUGAACCUUGCCAAUGUGGGUGCAGCCGCCUGGCCUCCAACGACCAGGCUAAGGCUCAUCCACGGUGCUGGGAUGGGCUUGUGGGGCCUGCCGAUGGCUUAG